AUGUCUUAUUGUCCAUGCGAGGCUACGAGCAAAUUCAUACGACAAUACCUAGACAGAUUGAAGAUAGGAGAGGAAAAGGAAGGGGAGGAGGAUGGAAAACUAGGACGAAUCAGCGAGAGUCUAUUCACCUGCUUCAUAUAUCACAUCAAGAGAAACAGCAAACUUUUUGAAUACAUCAGGAAAGUAGAAAAGGUGUUGGAUAUCAGGGAGGCGUUGAAGAGAUCGCUUUACAUCCAAGAGCAGCAUUUCAAGAAAUGGACGAACUACGAAUCAGGAGACCCCAAGUUUCUCGAGUCGAGCUUCCUGUACAGCCGCAUGGAUCCUGGCAUUCAAUACUUCCUGCGAGAGAAAGGCAUCCCGACGCUCCAGCAAGUCCUGGGCUUCAUUCUGAUCAAGACAUACAAGAGCAAGUCCCCCAGCAUCGAAUGGAGUACGAUUGAUGAAGAGUUUCUAUCGAAGAUCGAGGACAGGCGAAUAUUACGCAACCUCUACUUCUUCUCCCUGCUCCUGCACAUAAUUGGGCUAUCGGAGCCAUGCAAGGAGGUCCCGUUCAACAAGUUCUCGAGGGAGCAUAUCAUAGAACACAUCGAGAAGCAAUCGGUUUCUCCGUCCAGAACCGAUGCGAUCCUGGCAGAGAAGCUGGGUUUCAAACCCGCCGGAUUGCAGCUGAUGGAUCAUAUCGUGAAGAAGGAUCGAUUCGACAAAGUCUAUUCUAUCCUCGCGUGCUGCGUGCUGAUGAUCACGAUGCUGAAUUUCCUGCUGAAUGAGCUUGCAGUCAACUGCAUCCCCCUGCUGAGACCCUGCUUUGGCAAGGAAUACAAGAAGAACCAAGCCAUGAACUACUGCUGUGAAUUCUUCAUCUGUUUUGUUGAGGACAUUAUCCUCUUCUACCGGGAAAAAUGA